UUAAACCAGACAGGCAUAUCCACACUAGGAAAAUUACAAACGGAUCAGCACUUUUUGAUUGAAAAUAACUCGGCGAUGAUAUUCUCCACUGCCGCUGUAUCUUCAACUACGGUUGUAGGGGGCCCUUCAAUAGUAUCUCAAAUACCUGUCAUAUUUGAACCAGCCCUAACUGUUGAGAAUAAAAUUCCAAUUAAUAGAAUUCAACCAAAGAAAAAAGAAGUCAAAAGAUCUGCUCACAAUGCUAUUGAGCGACGCUAUCGAACUUCAAUAAAUGAAAAAAUUUCCGAGCUUAAGAGUUUGAUAAUAGGAGAAUCGGCAAAGCUCAACAAAUCGGCUAUUUUAAGGAAAUCAAUUGAUAAAAUACGAGAUCUUCAACAACAGAAUUCUGAAAUGCGUAUUGAAAUACAGAGACUUCAGAAUGAACUGUUAAAUCAGAGCAGUUGCAAAGUCAAAAGUUUACUAAACUCAACAUUUAAUGGCAAAACUAAAAGAAUAAAUAUUGAUUGUGUCAAUAAAAACUGCAAAAACAUUUUCAGAGAUGAGGUGCUACCACCCAAUAAUAAGAUAAUUAUCACCCCACCGUGUAGUGAUGAAUCGAACUCUUCGCAAUCACCAACUCAUUCUGAUAUUUCUUUGCCGUACUCUCCAUCUGAAGCAUCUACCGCAAGCAUAAAUUCGUGUAAAAUAAAGCGUGUGUCAACAGCUAUUCGUGAUGUAUCUAAUUCACGACUUACUUUAUGCGUCUUUAUAUUCGCUUUCAUAGCAAUAAAUCCGUUCCGGAUAUUGCUAUCAAAUAGCACCAACACCUUUGGCUUUUACGAAGUGGACGACGGGAUUGAUGGAGUCACCCAACGUCGAGUUUUAAACAUCAAAGAUGGAAAUGUCAACAAUUUUUUUAUGCUCCAAAACAUCUGCUACUCCAUAUCUUUGUGGAUAAUUAACUCUUUUAUUGUUUUGGCCUGCUUGAUAAAAAUUGUAAGAUAUGUGGAUCCAUUACGAGGCACCAUUCCUGCUGACUUUUGGAAACGAAAAGAAUAUGGAGAUGAAUUGUUUAAUAAGGGCGACGUGGAAGGUGCUUAUUCAGAAUAUUUAUCAUGCUUAAGAGGUCUUGGAAUCAUGAUACCAACCGGUACUCCUGAAUUUCUACUCUUAAGUACAUGGCAAUUAAUGCGCCUAUUCAGUUACCAUGUCAACAAUUUUUUUAUGCUCCAAAACAUCUGCUACUCCAUAUCUUUGUGGAUAAUUAACUCUUUUAUUGUUUUGGCCUGCUUGAUAAAAAUUGUAAGAUAUGUGGAUCCAUUACGAGGCCCCAUUCCUGCUGACUUUUGGAAACGAAAAGAAUAUGGAGAUGAAUUGUUUAAUAAGGGCGACGUGGAAGGUGCUUAUUCAGAAUAUUUAUCAUGCUUAAAAGGUCUUGGAAUCAUGAUACCAACCGGUACUCCUGAAUUUCUGCUCUUAAGUACAUGGCAAUUAAUGCGCCUAUUCAGUUACCGUCUAAUUACCGGUGGUAAAAUAUUACAUAAAUAUGAUACAGAUAUUACUUUAAAAACUCAGGGUGAAAAUAAGAUUAUGUCCGCCAGACAUUUAGCGCUAUUUUUCAAUAGACUUAACCAGUUGCAUUUUACAAGCAAAAGAAUUCAGGAAAAUGGCCUGACUAUAUCAUUGUAUGCCUUAGAUAUGACACUGGCAGCCUACAGCGCUCUUACCUACGAGGAGUUGGUCACAAUCUACUUAACAUCGGCAUUACGUGUAAAAGAAAACUAUUCGAAGUUGUUAAAGUUUUUUAUACGAUACUGGAUUAAAAAGGCAAAAAAGGAAUGGUUUAAGUACGAUGAGGAUGUGAAGAAACAUAAUUGGAUAUUUACUUCUUUCGGAUUACAGUAUAUAUUUGAGCAUGAUAUUCAUCUAAGCAAAACAGAUGAAAAUGUUUUUGUAGAAUUCCCGAUGUCUAUAGAUCCGUUAUCGAAUUUACUGAAAAGUUAUCAAAAGCAUUUGCUCCAUCAAGCUAUUCAAUGUUUAGUGGGUUACAAAAGCAAAAUUUGUGAGCAAAAAAAAGCUAGCAUUAAAGUAUGUGAAAUGAGCAAUCGAUACGGAGAUGAUACAAUGGCUAGUAAUGCAAUGACAUUUAUUACUCUGCUACGAGAUUCAUUUCGUGCAGCACAAAAUAAUGAGAAAAUUGAGUGGUGGGCCAAUGUUCUUGAAGUUUCUGUGUUUUGGUUAUUAGGCGAAGAUCUAAAGGCAAAGGAAUCAUAUGAACGAGCCAAGGCGCUGCCACCUGCUCUGGAGUCAAAUAAUGACAGUAUGCCAAAAGCUUUGCACUUGGCCAUGCAAGCUAAAUUUUUAAUGUUGCGGUAA